AUGGAAGAAGACCUACUUCGCAUCUUCAGCAGAUUUGAGAAGUUGUCGGAUGUCUUCAUACCAAGGGAUCGCAGCCGCCUAAAGUCUCGGUGUUUCGUCUUUGUCCGAUUUUGGCACGAAUGGGAAGCUUACAAUGCUUCUCAAUGUCUGAAUGGGAGGAGAGUCGAUGGAAGGAUCAUCUCCAUCGCCAGAGCUAAGAUUCAGGUGGGUAGCCCAGGCACAGUGAGGACUCGCCAGCCACAACCAAACCCCCUCUCUGGCCUAGGUUCCUACUCGGAUAGGGUGAAGAAAUCGCUUCCUAAAGGCCAGGGUAACCCCACGGGAACAGAGAAGAGUUGUUCAGCCACUACUGCACAACUAGAACCUCUCAUUGUUGUGGCUGAUAGAGGGAAGGUAGAGAAGAUGAAGGCAGCCCUAUCUUCAGCCCUUAUUGCCUCCACAGUGAGGUAUCAGUCUCGAUCUUGCACCUGA